CAGCCAUCACGGUGUGAAACUUUUUUUUUUUUUGAAAUGAACACACUCGGCGGCCGCGGACGGGAUUUAUGCGGCGAUAGAAGGCCGUGAUCGCGGGUUCGGGGGCCCGGUCCGGCCCGGUGCUCCGGAGAAGUUGAAUAUGGGUCAGACUGCUGUGUCCGCCGUGUCCCAGACCGCAAGCGUCGAUGGGUUGGAGAAAUCAUCAUCGCUGGCCAGCUGUGACGUGGUGGUGGACAGCGCCACCAAUACCCAGAAUGCCCCUGCAUCACGGCAGCAGCGAGGCAAGCUGUCGUCACUGGGAAAGCUGUUCAAACCCUGGAAGUGGAGGAAGAAGAAGACCAGUGACAAGUUCCAGGAUCUUUCCAAAGUUCUAGAGAGAAAAAUCUCCACCAGACAAACGAGGGAGGAGCUCAUCAGAAAAGGAGUUCUCAUCCCUGACCAAGACGAGCCAGUCGGCAGUGAAAAUCUCAACGGCCACGCCACAUCCAGUGUGACAUCAGAGGAGGUCAAGGUUGACAUUGAGUCUCCAGAAACACUGCAGGAGGAACAGGCCAGCGGACCCGUCAGCACUGAGGACAAAACAGCCAAAUCCUCCCAUCCAAAGAAGACAGGAGGCGCAACAAAAACUACCCACGCCUCCGCCUCCACCCCUCGUUCUCGUGCAUCUAAGGACGCUAGCACUGCAGCGCAGACUGAUGGGAAGGAUGCAAGGACCAACCGGAAAUCAGACACUCCCACCUCUUCCUCUGCACCUCAAAAGGCCUCUGCAGAGACUCCUAGCCAGCCUGGGGAGAUAAAAUCCUUGCCCCUUUCCUCAGACUCCAAGCCUGCCUCACAUAAAGCCUCAGGCAAUGAGACAGAGGGAAGUCGAGCUGUUUCUCAAUCUGCUCCCGACGCCUCAACUGUGGACGAGGAGACUCGGAAAGGUAUGGCUCCUGAACCCACAGACCAGUCUCCCCAUGUCAACACUGCUACAGAGGACACUUCCUUCACUGAGGGCGAGACAGACAGCAGCUCGCAGGGGGAGAAACUGGGGAGAACGGGAGAAGAGGGAGGAGAGGAAGAAAAGAAGAAGGGGGAAACGGAUUCUGCUGUGGAGAACGUCCCAAGGUCAUCAGAGGGCCACACUGAAAAGCCACAGGGCCUGAGUGUGAAAACGGAGAAUGCCGAAGUGACAGUGAUCCCUGAUAGGCCGAGAGACAGCCAAACUAGCGACUCUGACUCUGACGGCCCAAUCCUGUACCGAGAUGAGGAGGAAGAAGAGGAGGAGGAAGACGAGUACACAAAUAGCUCUCUGGCCAGCAAGAUCCGGCGACGAGACACCCUGAACAUCAAGAUUGGGAACCGACCCAGCAAGAAAGAGCUGGAGGAGAAAAACAUUCUGCCGCGGAGCUCUGAGACAGAGAGACACGAGCUGCGCCAGCAGAUCGGCUGCAAACUAGUCAGGCGCCUGAGCCAAAGACCCACCACAGAGGAGCUGGAGCAGAGAAACAUCCUCAAGCAAAAGAAUGAAGCAGAGGAGCAAGAAGCCAAGCAAGAGAUUAAAAGGAGACUCUCCAGAAAGUUGAGUGUGAGGCCUACAGUGGCAGAGCUUGUUGCUCGAAGGAUCCUGCGUUUCAAUGAGUAUGUUGAAGUAACAGACGCCAAGGAUUACGAUCGGCGGGCAGACAAACCCUGGACACGGCUUACUCCCGCUGACAAGGCUGCUAUCCGUAAGGAGCUGAAUGAGUUUAAGAGCCGAGAGAUGGAGGUUCAUGAAGACAGCAAACAGUUCACCAGAUUCCAUCGGCCCUAAGUGCUCUUACUGCCAGCUGGACGUCGGCACCACAAGCUCUCCCGUCCACAGCUCCCAGCAGUCUCCCGGCCCUCCAGACCCUCAGUGCACAGCUCAGUACACUCCGCUUUGGGAUCCUCUUGCCCCUGAUGUUGUUACAUCUAUAGUGACAGCUACAGGUGUGUCUUAAGGCCUCGGCCAUCCAAGGGCACCUGUGAAACAUAUAACACAUAUCCAUAGUCACAACAGUGGUGUGUGAGUGUGUGUGUAUCGCGCUCUGAUUAGAACCAUUGAUUUACUGUAGAUGGCCAGAGCCUGCUGGUAUAUGAUGAUUUUGGUUUUUUUGGUUCACUGCAGGCCUUGUGAUGAGAGGUUCUGGUGAGGAAAAGGGGCAGAAUGACCCCUGUAGUAAUGAAUGUGGCUAUUGGGUUUGAGUCCAUGCUAUGGUAUGCCUUGACAUAAAGUGGCCAUAUAUGGGCAUCCUCAUGGCACAGGAAAUGGGAGUGAUUGGAUGGUUGUGUGCUGAUGUCAGUGCCUGUGUCAUAGAUCAGAGGGAAGGAGAGGCAGUUUGUUCCGCUCCGACGUGCCUCUCGGAGUUGAAUCUGAAAUACUGCAGUUCAUUUAUAGACAUAUUUAAAGUAUAUUGCCACUAGAGGGCAUUAUAUCAUAAGAAUUAUAGCCUGUAAGGAUGAAGACGAGUAUGUAGAUGAAGAAUAAACUGCGAGUGUUAAUAUUUAUAAGUUCUGAAGCUGAGGGGGCGCUGGGUACCGGAGGCAUUAAGAGUGAAGUGCAAUGGAAAUCGCUGCAGUUCUAGCCACUUCUAAUCCCUCAGCACUCUUCAUGAUGAUACGUGAUGACCAUUUACCAUCAUAUAUCCUGUGUUGAGUUAUUAAGCACCAGACGUCGAAUCACAAAGUGCUGGACUUGCCGUUUAGAGGAUCUACUUUUCAUUCUUUGACUUCAGUUUUUCAUUUUAGGCUUUUGGCUGGAGCUCCUACUCAGAGUGACUUGGUGCCAAAGAAAAAGCAGGAGUUUGAUUGCACAUUUGAAAGUUGGCUGGUUUGAUAUUUGUUGGGUGGACUUCAUAUGAAGGUUUUAUGAAUAUAGAGCAGAGAGGCACUAAGAGUUUCACCAGUGAAGCAAUCAGCCGGCCUCUCAAAGAAGUGGAGAAGUACUUUUCCAUUCCCUUGAACAUGCUUUUGCAAUUUAAUCUUGUCAGCCGAUGACAGUUACGUAAGACAGGCUUCCUGACAAGUGGCCCUUUUACACCUUGCCCUAACGUGCACCUUGAAUCCGGCCAUAACAGUCUAUUAUCAUCAACACACAGCUGGAUUUCUCUUUUUACCCCCAAACUGUAGAAUUUUAACAUUAAUCUGAAAAUAUGAGGGAACUGUUUGGUAUUUUUGGAAAUACACUAAACAAUAAGUCAGUUAAACUACAAAUAUUUUGAAACAAAGAGGAGGAUUUGAUGCUUUUUUCUCUCAUAUGAUAUUAAACUGAAUACCUGUGGUCAGAUAAUACAAGCAAUUUAAAUUGAAACUGAAGACAUCAGCUUGGGCUCUGGGAAAUUCUAACAUGGAUUUUUCAAUAUUUUAUGACAUUUUAUUCAUAAAACAAAAAAAAAAACUAAUCGUCAUAUUAAUUGAUAGUCAAAGCAAGUUCCUACUCUAAAAUGCACUUAUUCGCUUUCUUGCUAAGUAUUAGAUGAGAAGAUCGACACCAUCCUGCCUGUAUGCCUAAUAUGAAGAUACAGUCAGCAGAUGAUUAGCUUAGCUUAGCAAGAAGACUUUUCUUUACCUUUGAACAGAACAGUUAGCUGUUCUUUCUGCUGUCUUUAUGCUAAGCUAAGCUAGUCACCUGCUUGUUUCAUAUUUAGCGCACAGACUCAAUCUUCUCAUUUAACUCCUGACAAAAAAUGUGAUUAUGAGUGUUUCUCAAAAUGUUGAACCAUCCCUUUAAUACUUCACACAUAAGGAUUACAUUUUGUAUUUUGCGCACUAAAAUAAAAAAACCUCAAGAUGCAUGUUAAAGGGGAUGAGUUGUCAGCUGUUUUUGUGUGGUUGUGUUUGUGUUGACUGAGCUAUCAGAGAUGAAAAGUCAGAUGUAAAAGAACAGAUCCGCAGAUGGAGAACCUGUCAGAUGUUUAAGGACUAAAUGUGAGAAGCUGGUAGAGGAGAACAAAACACAACAUGACAGCUCACUCAUUGUGGAUUUUCAUAUCAAAAUUAAACAAAAACAUUAGUAAUUUUUCAUUCCCAGCAUAUUUGAACUAGAUAGACGAUGUUUGCUGACAAGUGAUUGACAGAUUGAGCUUGCUGACGUCCAAAGGCUUGUGUUCAAAUAAAAGACCUCCAGCCUUCACAACACUCGUCAUUCUGGCAAAUAGUAACCGAAAAGGACGGAUGUGUUCCCUCUGCUUCUGAAUGUGCGGAGGUUGUAACAUGAAAUGAUGUACAGUGAUGGAAAAGAAACCAACAGUAUUCAUUCAUGUCAAUGUCUAUGUUGUUAUAUAUAUUGAUUAUUUUGUACAGAAUGUAUAUUGAGCAUGUGCAUACAUUGAAAUCAACUUUACUACCAAUAUGAUACAAUGCAACUUCGAUGUGAACGUUUUAAGCUCUGAUUUUAGUCGUCUUAUUUUUUUUUUUAUCCUCCCCGGACACUGAUAAUGAAAUGAGCAGCACAGCACACAUACACGUGCUGUUUCCAGGCAGAAUAUCAAGUGUAAUGUGUUGAAUAACUGUCAUGUCUUUAUCAAACCUACCUGUUCCCUAAGCAGAUGAUGGACAAGACAUUAUACAGGUAGUGAUAAAUUGGAUUAUUAUUUAAUAUUCUGCGUCACUUUCGUUUUAAGUGAAGUCAAGAGGUGCAAUGCAAGCAAAGGAUAAUCCUCUCUGGACCUCACAUUUGAUUUAUUUCUUCAGAUGACAGGAUACAGCUCCACAUUUUGACAUGAUCCCAGUAACUGUUGCUCAAGUUCCAACAAUCCAGUUGUGUUUUAUAAGAACAGGAAACAGACGUCUGAUUGGUUGCACGCGGUGUGAAAUCAGUUUCUAUAAAAGCAAACAUAGUGCACACCAACAGCAAAUACUGUGAUAAAAGACCAGAAAGCUCUUAUAUCAGAUAAACAAAUAAAAAGUCUUACUUCUUUUUGCAGCUUUGGUCCUGUCACAGUGAAGGAAACAUGAACAUGUUGCUUGCACCCACCUUAGAAAAAUAAGAUAAGUUAAAGCAGGUGAAGCAUAACUGGUAACACUGUAUUUUAACUCGGUGUAUAAGCAGUAUAUAGUCAAUGAAUAAAUGAUUAUGUAGUGAGCAGAUAUAAAGACAUUUUUAUGCGUUUAUGAAUGUAUUUGUUAACAACUUUAACUCCUUUUAUGAAGCAUUGAUAACUAUUAAACAUGAUAUAGUAUAUGUGUAAUUUUAUAUAGUAUGUCUUCACAAGUUUUAAACACAUUUAUGAACGGUUUAAAACCUGCCUGUCAUUUGUACAUGUGUAUAAAGGAUUUGUUAUCAUUAUUACAGCCAUGUUAUACGUUAUCGGUCAUUCAUUAACUAUGUAUACAACAGGAUGCUUCAUAGGAGAAGUUAUAACUGUGGGCAAAAUAUAUUAAUGAACACUUUAUAUGUCCUUAUAUUUGAUUACAACUACAUUAUAGUGUAUUACAGAUCAUUUAUGAAGUGUUCAUGCUGCAUAUUAAUGCUAAAUUGAGAUGUUAAGAUAAAGUGGUGCCCAAUAAGAAGCUUUAGAAAUCUUGUUUGGGUAAAUCCAGGCAAGAGCUUGGUGUUAUCUUGGAGAGUCCUGGUCUGGAUCAUUACCACAUCUACAAAUUUUUUUUUUUUUUUCAACACUGAUGUCUAAUUCCAUAUUUUGUCCAGAAUUGGGUGUAAGUAUAUCUAAACUAAGCAGUUGAUAUUGUGGAGGAGCCUUGGCAGCUGAUGUUUAGUCAUAACCUGUCAGUAUUAAUCACAAGGGGGAGUCCUGUAAAAACCUUUAUGGCUGCCGUCUGGUUUCAUCUCACCUCGUACAGGACUGCAAAAAUAAACACAAUAAACCUUCAGAGUUAAGAGACCCAAAGAAGCUACAGGAGUUAUAAACACACCCCACAUUUCUAUCCACUGCAGACUAUGUGGAAUUAAAGUGUAAAACAUAAAAUUCCUGCUUAAUUUCAGAAAGUUUUUCUCUAAAAUUCCAGUUGAGUCGUUUUAAAACAUUCACGUCCAUUUUGACUCUGGCUUUCCUGACUGCCACUUUUAAUUUGCAAUUCUGGAGACAUACACCAGUUCAUGAAAAUGUUUGUUUUGUGAAUGUUUGCUGCUGUAAAGUGUCCUCCAUCGCUUCCCCCAAAUCAAAUCUCUAAUUUCACACAGGAGCCAUAAACCAGACUGCUGCUGCUGCUGCUGC